AGGAAGUGCCUUUAAAUUACGUUAGCUUCAGGAGCUAACGUGAGUUGACCAACAAAAUGUUGAAUGACAGCGAAUAUGUGAAUUUAAGGAACAGGUUUAAAAAAGAUGCGGAGUUUCUUAGGCAAACAUUGACACCGGCUGUCGAAGAUGAAAAGAGCCAGGAAGACAAAGAUGUGAAACCACUCCCUCGUAUCAACAAGCACUCUGUUUUCUGGAUUGUGUCAUCUGUAGCUGUGACCUAUUAUGCAGAUUUUUUCCAUGUCAUUAUGGAAAAUGAUGAGAUCAAAAGCUGGUGGUUUAAUGUUGGUCUGAUACUCCUUGGGAUCAGCAUAUCUCUGGCAAUGUUUUGCAUUGUGUACCUGGAGUGGUUCAAAGGCAUCCAGCAUUAUGACCAAGAGUAUCCUGCCAUUCCUCCCAUUACCACUGCAGCCUUUAUCGCUGCAUCAUGCAGCUUUAACAUUGCCCUGUGGCCUGUGUGGUCCUUCUUCACUCCACUCAUCCUCUUCACACAGUUCAUGGGUGUGAUCAUGUUUGUCUCUUUGCUUGGAUGAACGAUUAAAGAGUUUUCCAAAGAUAGAAAUGGUGAAAGAACGUAAGAGGACAAUAUCAGCCCUGUCCUAAAGAGCUUUAGCUGGCUUUCUGGUCCACAACAGUUUCGGUGUGGACCUGCCUUGGCAUUUUGGAUCUGCAUCACCAACAAAGUACCAGACAUGGGAAUAACGAGACCUUCCCCUCGUCAGGAUCAGGUCCACUUGUUCACAAGCCUUAAUUAUACUCACAGUUUUUUUAAGUGCUUAUACUCUUGACAGUUUCUAAGUGCAACAUUCUGCGUUUGCUAUAAAAAGUUUAAGUAUUUUGACUUGGCAGCAGGGUAUUCAGAACUGUGAGAAAGUGAAAACAUUUCUUUUUAGAAUUUAGUUAUUGUCUUAGUUUGGGAUAACCAUGUUAGGGUUUUUGUUCAAAUAUUUUGCACUGUAUUAGUGUUUUAUCUUCAAUAAACUCUGUCUUUUAUAACUUU